AUGACCGAGACAAGUUCGAGUGAGAGCGAUGUUGAGGAGACAGAAGAUGACAAUGUUUUGCCGAUCUCGUCGCAUGUAAAUAUUGUUCAUGGAUUGAAAACUGUCUCGUGUUUAACGUUGGAUUCCAACGGAAUUCGUAUGAUUACUGGUGGACAUGAUGAAACUAUGAAAAUGUUUGAUUUUACAUCAAUGGAUAAACAUUUUCAAGCAUUCCGAACAAUUCAACCUUGUCCCGGACGAUUAUUGCGUGCAAUUGAAUAUAGUGCCAAUAACGAUAUGAUAUUAAUCGUUCCUGGUGAUUGUCAAGCAAUUGUAGUCAAUCGAGAAGCUUCUGGAAAACAUAUCGUUUACAAAACUGUUCUUGGUGAUAUGUACGUCAAAGAUAUGAAUCGCACGAAAGGUCACAAAGCUUUGCUAAAUUAUGGCUGUUGGAAUCCAUCGGUAAAUUCUCAAGAAUUUAUGACAUGCGCUGAUGAUUGUACGUUGCGUCUUUGGUCGUUGAAUAAACGCGAUCAACAAGUCGAUGUGAUUCGCACGAAGGGUGAAUCGGGUCGCGAUGUUCGAACAACAACUUGUACAUACAGUCAAUCUUUAUAUUCCAAUGAAAAUUGUAAUCUAAUUGCUGCUGGUUGUGAGAAUGGUAAUAUACUUGUUUGGGAUCGUCGACGGUCAUUUGUUCAUGUAACAUUCAAAUGUGUCAACGCACAUUUACAAGAUCAUUCGAUCACAGCAUUAAAAUGGUCAUAUGAUAGUCAGAUAUUGGCAUCACGGUCAACAGAUCAUACGUUAAAGAUUUGGGACAUUCGAAAAUUUAAUCAAUGUUUAUCUUUGCAUGAAAAUCUACCAAAUCAGUUCUCUAUGACAAAUAUCUCAUUUUCUCCAAACGAUCAAUUUCUGGUAACUGGUGUGUCGAAAUUGAAUAAUUUAAAUGAAUCAGAUUCGGGUGGUAAAUUGGUGAUUUUCAAUCGGAAUGAUUUGUCGAAACCGGUCGAGGAAAUUCUCUUUAAUGACAGUGUUAUUCGAACAAAUUGGCAUCCAAAAUUAAAUCAAAUCUUCGCAACGACAAACAAUGGUCUUGUUCGAGCUUUUUAUGACGAAGAGCGGUCGCCAAUGGCUGGAGUUCGCCUAUGUUUGAAUCGAAAGGAGAGAAAAGACAAAUCGACAAAUGAUUUCAUCGCAAAUAUCAAUCCACUUGAUUCAUCUGAACCGAUUGAAGAGACGCACGAAAUAUAUCCGGAGAAGAAUCCACAAGGAGACAAGAAAUCGUCUUCCUUGCAUCAACAUAUCGUUCAAAAAAUGACUCGACCGAAUUUUCAUGAAAAAGAAGAUCCACGAGCGGAAAUAUUAAAACAUGCUGAAGAAGCGGAACGAAAUCCGAAAUGGGUCACACCAGCCUAUGUACAUACACAACCUAAACCUAUAUUUCAACAGCAGCUCGACGAAGAAGAAGGAGACAAUGACGAUUUUGUACCAAUAUUCAAAAAAGCACGAAAAAACUAA